CUCACACACAGGACAGUACAGGACAGUUUGUGACUUGGGAGACGCUCCCCCACUGAGACUUUUUCAAGUUGUGGUCAUCGAUACGCAAAGAGUUUUAGAUCAGUGGUCAGGGUGACAUAUCCACUGACAGGCACGUUAUAUUACUCAUCAGCCACAGUUCCGCAGAUUGUGUUUCACGUGUUAGGAAUCUCCCCAGUCACCCUCGAGGCGUUUAUGUCACUGAUGCGCAUGGGUCCAUCUGUCUGCCAUCAGUGGAGAGGCAGCCUACCUGUUGAGCCAGAAGAGCGAGGACACAGAGACCUGGACCCGGUCCUUGCUGCAUGAGAGGAGUGGGAAGCUGACGGGCAAAAGAUGUCACACCAAACUGGAAUUAACGCAACAUCGGAGCUGAAAGAGUUUCUGGCCCGAGCGAGGGGAGGUGCCAUCAGAAUAAUGAAGAUUGUCAUCAGAAAUGAGGAGUUGGUGUUAGAUUCAUACAGAGAGCCAACACACAGUUGGGACAGGGAUUACGAUCAGUUCCUGCUUCCUCUGCUCACGCCUCAGGAGCCCUGCUACAUCCUCUACCGUCUGGACUCCCAGAAUGCACAGGGAUACGAGUGGAUCUUCAUUGCCUGGUCACCUGACCAAUCACCUGUGAGGCAGAAGAUGGUGUACGCAGCGACCCGAGCCACACUGAAGAAAGAGUUUGGAGGAGGUCACAUUAAAGAUGAAAUGUUUGGCACGGUGGAGGACGACGUUUGCUUCCAGGGAUACUUGCGACACAUGUCCUCUUGCUGCUCGCCAGGUCCGCUCACAGCAGCCGAGCAGGAAUUACAACGAAUCAGAGUCACAGAGGUUACAAUGGAGUUUGGCUUAGACAAAAGGGCACAGACUCUUCAAGGUCUUGCAUUCCCAUUGCAAGAAGAGGCCAAACGGGCUCUGCAGCAACUCAAGCAGAGACGCAUCAACUACAUACAGCUGAGCUUGGAUGUAGCGAAAGAGACCAUUGAGCUGGUUCACACCAAACCUACAGAGACCCAUGAGCUUCCCUACAGAAUUCCUGCAGAUACACCCAGAUACCACUUCUUCAUCUUCAAACAUUCCCACCAGGGUCAGCGGCAGGAGGCACUGGUGUUCAUAUAUUCGAUGCCUGGGUACACCUGUAGUAUCAAGGAACGGAUGUUAUACUCCAGCUGUAAGAACAGGCUACUGGAGGAGGUGGAGAAAGACUACCAGCUGGAGGUCACCAAGAAGAUGGAGAUAGACAAUGGCGACGGCCUGACAGAAGACUUCCUGUACGAGGAGGUGCACCCAAUAGAGCACACCAUAAAGCAAGCCUUUGCCAAACCCCGGGGACCAGGAGGAAAGAGGGGCAACAAACGCAUCAUCAAGGGUGCAGGGGAGAAUGGGGAGGACAGUUAG